UUUAAAGACCAUUCAGAGUACCAUCAGAUUAUCAUGUCGUUCGAGAGAGACUAUGUCGCGUUCGUUCUUCUACUAUGCACCAAAUGCCCCUUUCAGAUUACCCCCAAUGUCCCUUUUACCCUACUCCAUCCGUCCCUAUAUCGUUCUAUCCCCACUAAUCAUCCCUGUAUUUAUCUUUAAUCUCUAUCAAUUCCUUCAACAAACUAAUAUAAUUUCAAUUAAAAUAGCCACUUUGCUCUACACAAAUUUUGCUUUGAUUAUCUCUACUUUUGUAACAAUUCUCUCAGUUAUAUAUUUAAUACCAGAAUUAUUUUUAAUAAGUCGAGUGUUUGGGUCAUUUGUGACAAAUAUUAAUUUUUGUGCUUUUACUGUUUUUGUAACGGAAUUUCCUGCUACAAAAUUUAGAGGGUUAGCAGUGUUUUUGGGAGGCUUUAAUGCUAAUAUUGUCCAAAAUGUAGGAAUGCUUUUGGGGUGGUUUUUAGGAAAGAAUUUGGUCUAUUUAACAGGCAAGAAAGUAAUUAAAGUCAAGAAAUACUUUCUUUUAAUUUUGAAGGAAUAG